AUGCCUUCCAACACCAACAAGCCCAAGACCUUCUACCCGGGCGGUGGUCUUCAUCACAGCGUCGCCGCGACCUUCGGAUUCGGCCAUCGCGAGCAAAUUGACCUCGAGCGCCGCACCAUCGUCAGGAGGUCCGCUACGCGCAGCAAGCGAACUCAUCCUCCUGCUUCCAACGCAGCUGGUACGUCUGCGCCCGCUCCGCCCACUCCACCUCCCGAGGCGCCCGCUGCGCCGGCUGAGCCCACUGAGCCCGCCGCCAACCCACCAGAGCCGCAGCCCGCUCCCCCGGCCGCCGAAGAGCCUGUGACUGCUGCCACGGCUGGCGCUCCCGCCCCCACUCCCGCCGCAGUCGCCUUCUCUCCCGAUGAGGAGGAGACGAUCCGCCAUCUGCGCAAUGCGGGAAUCAGCUACCGCACCAUCGCCCACGAGCUGAACCGCACGGAGGAGGAAGUUCGCGCGCGCCACAUGGCGCUAAGCGGCGAGAGGCCCAAAGGAGGCCUUCCUUUGAGGAUGGGCCCAAUCCUCCCUCUUAACGUCUCGCAGGGCGCGCAACCCCCCGCAGCCCCCGAAGCUCCCCACGACGCGCAGGCUCCGCAGCAGCCACCUCCCUCAAGACGCGCAGUCCAGCCAGGACACCCAGCGCGCCACCAACAGCGUCGGCCCAGAGACGAGCGCACAAUCGUCCUCCAGCCGGACCACCUGUUCGACGAGGAAGAACUCGUGCUCCUCGCCCGCAUCGUCCACGAUGAUGCCGCUGACCACUGGCAGCGCAUCGCGUCCCGCUUCUUCGACCGCACGGGUCGCCGCGUCCACCCGCGCGAUAUCGAGAAGAAGAUGAGUGGGGAUGUGGACGCUCAGGAGCCGUCGCGCGGUAGGCAGUUCCUUGUGCUAGAUGCUACUGGUUUGCGGCGCCUGCUAACGGAUCAUCAGGACGACGACGUGCUUGAGUCGGUGGGUGAUGAGCGUGCUGGUGAGAAUCAGAGACGCAGCAGUCGUGUUGAUGGUGGUGAAGGAGGUUUCGGUAUGGGGGACUUGAGCAGGAGGGUCGGCGAAAUUUCCGACCGGAUCUGGGCUGAGCGCAACGCCUAUCACAACUACGGCCGCGAGGAGGACUGCGACAGCGACGUCUGGACGUGUUCGCGCACUGUCAGCCAAUCCUCCGACGAGUCGUCAAGUUGGUCCAGUCGGUACGCCAUGACCGACUUCUCCGAGGACAGUGAGACGACCAGCAGUCAAAGCACCGAUGACACACUCAGGCCUGCACAACUAUACCCUAUAUACCACCGUAGGUCCCGUCUACCCCUACGGACUGGCGAUAGCGAGUCGACUGUCACUCAAAACACCUACAAGACAACAAGGCUGGAGCAGAAUCACCCUAUAUACCACCACCGUAGGUCCCGUCUGCCCCUACGGACUCGCAGGUAUACUACGUCCAACACUACUUACUCUACCGACUACACUGAUUAUACUGGCAGCACUUCCUAUACUGACGACUCUGACUCUGACACCGAUAACUACUCAAGCACGACAGACACAACCUACCAAACCGCCACUGAUCGUGCCUCCUCCCCCACCUCCUCCGACACAACAUUCCGCACCGCCCUCGCACCUCCCCCAUCACCCACUCCAUCCGACACGACAUUCCAAACAGCCCCCACUCACACAAGCACCAACAACGAGACCACAGGCACCAAGUCUCACCGCCACCGCCGCACCUACACCUCAUCUACCACAUCGACAUCAACGACCACAGCAGAAGCAGACACAGAGCCACACCGCCGGCGCAAGUACCGUAAGCGCCACAGCACUAGCACCACCAACAACUACUAUAACACCACUAACAAUUAUAACAAUUACUAUAACACCUCUGCCCCUGCCCCUGCCCCAACAGCAGAGCGUCGCCCCAACACGAACGACAGCAGCGCCCAUGACAGCGCCCAUGACAGCGACCGCGAGCGCAAGUCCAAGCACAGGCGCCGGCGCAGCAGCUGCGAGAAACGCCGACAUCGGUGAGCUGGUGUGAUGGUGUGGUGUGAUAGGACCAGGGUUGGUGAUAAUGAUGGCUGUGGUGGUGGAUCGUGGAUGGUGCAUUACAGGCCGGUGGACUUGACUAGUUAUGUUUUCCUCUUUUCAGUAUUCCGUCUUUCUAUUUCGGUAUUUCGUCUCUCCAUCUCACUCCGCCUCCGCGCGCAGGCAGCAGCUCACGCAGCGUGUCACACCAAGUAUUGAUAGAUACAUAACCUCAAGAAACAAACAGACUCAGACUCAGAUACAGAUGGAAAAGACAGAUGGAAAAGACAGAUGGAAAAGACAGAUGGAAAAGACAGACGGUAAAGACAUAGAGGGUAAACACACAGGCGGAAAAGACAUGUGCAGGGUUAUGAGUACAAUACAGUACAGUACAGUACAGUAAAUGCGGCGGCGGGACUGAGAACGAAG